AUGGCGCCCUUGGCUUCCAAAAUACUUGCCUCUCUCACCAUACUGAUGAUGUGCACCACCGCACUCGUCUCAGCCGCUGGAGCGCUGCCAUCACUUGAACAACAAGCAGGGGCACUUCUUGCCUGGAAAGCCAGCCUCAGUCAGCAAAGCCAAGACGCCCUGCGAUCCUGGGAAAACAUCUCAGCACCUUGCCGUUGGCAAGGCAUCCGGUGUGGUGGGCGCUGGCCGGUGAUUGCCGCCAUCUCCCUGCCGGGGAUGCGGCUGAGAGGGACACUUGAGUCUCUUGACUUCUCGGCUUUGAGGACCUUGGUGGCCCUUGAGCUCUCGCACAACGAGCUUGCCGGGAGCAUCCCUGUGAAUAUUAAGCUCCUCAAAGAACUUCGUGCUCUCCUCCUGCAUGACAAUCAGAUAAGAGGUUCAAUUCCACCUGUUUUAGCAAAUCUCACGAAACUGCGUCUCCUAAUGCUCCAUGACAAUCAAGUCUCCGGUGAAAUACCAAGGCAAAUAGGCGAGAUGGGUAAUCUUGUGAGCCUGAACUUGUCAAACAAUUACUUAGUUGGUCCUAUCCCUUGUGAAAUAGGUCACCUUAAGCAUUUGCUUAAAUUAGAUUUGUCCAGCAAUGACCUUUCCGGACCAGUUUCCUUCAGUCCAGCUAACUCAUCCAUACAAAAUCCUAUGAAUAAUUUUUCAUCUCAGCCUACUGCAAAAGUAAACUUAGAAAACAUAAAUAUGCUAUCAUUAUCCCAUAAUAACUUAAGUGGUCCCAUUCCCAAAGAUAUAGUGAAAUUUUUCGACCUACAACACUUGGACAUAAGCCAAAACAACUUUUCAGGUUCUAUCCCAAGCAAUAUAGGUAACCUGGCCAAACUCACUACCUUGUACCUUUACCAUAACCAACUUUCUGGACGCAUUCCUCGAGAACUAGGUUAUUUAGUGAACUUAGAGGACUUGAGGCUCAACAACAACACACUAUCUGGUUCCGUUCCAAGCAAUUUAUGGAAUUUGACCAAACUCGCUACCUUGCACCUUCACCGUAACCAACUUUCUGGACACAUUCCUCUGGUUUUGGGAUAUUUGGUGCACAUAGAGGACUUGCGGCUCAGCUACAACACACUAACAGGUUCCUUUCCAAGAAAUUUGUGUAAUUUGACCAAACUCAAGAUCUUGUACCUUGGCCAGAACCAACUUUCCGGAAAAAUUCUUUGGGAACUAGGUUAUAUGGUGAAUUUAGAGGACUUUCAGCUCAGUUUGAACAACCUAACAGGUCCUAUCCCAAACAGUUUAGGAAAUUUGACUAAGCUCACCUUCUUAAACCUUAAUUUCAACCAAUUUUCUGGACACAUUCCUCAAGAAAUUGGCGAGUUAAUGAAUCUGGAAAUGUUUGGAGUUUCUUUGAACAAUCUAUCUGGUGCAUUGCCAUCGGGUCUUUGCGCGGGAGGCCGACUACAGUUUCUCACCGCUAAUGGCAACAACUUGGUUGGACCCUUGCCAACAAGCUUGCUAAGUUGCAAAAGCCUAGUCAAACUUCGUCUUGAAGGAAAUCAGCUUCAAGGAGAUAUCUCCGAGAUGGGGCUUCACCCGGAUCUUGUCUAUGUUGAUAUCAGUUCAAACAAAUUAUUUGGUCAAUUAUCUCAUCGCUGGGGUGAGUGUUACAAACUUACAAUGCUACGUGCCUCAAACAAUAACAUUACUGGAGUCAUACCACCAAGCAUAGGGCAGUUAUCUCAGUUGGGGAUACUUGAUGUUUCAUCAAAUAAACUUGAAGGGCAGAUUCCACUGGAGAUUGGCAAUUUAACGUUGCUGUUCAACUUGAGCCUGGGUAAUAACCUGCUCCAAGGAAGUAUACCUAAAGAUAUUGGAUCGCUAAAGAAUUUGGAGUACUUAGAUUUAUCAUCAAACAACCUAAGUGGGAUGAUACAAGGGUCAAUUGAACAUUGUCUCAAGCUUCACUUCCUGAAUUUGAGCCAUAAUCACCUCAAUGGCAGCAUACCAAUCGAACUAGGAAUGUUGGUAAACCUACAAGAAUUGUUGGAUCUAAGUGAUAAUUCAUUUGCUAGUGUCAUUCCGAGUCAGCUGGGUGGUUUGAGCAUGCUCGAAGUUUUGAAUCUUUCACACAAUGCAUUGAAAGGUAGCAUCCCACCAUCAUUUCAGCGCAUGCUCAGCCUCCUAUCCAUUGAUGUGUCAUUCAACAAAUUGGAAGGGUCAGUGCCACAGAGUAGAUUGUUUGAAGAAGCUCCAAUCCAAUGGUUCAUGCAGAAUAAGAAAUUGUGUGGUGUAGUGAAAGGUUUGCCCCCUUGUGACCUUAAUCAAAGUGGUGAACAAAAAAAGAAGCCCAGAGCUAUUUUACUAGCUAUAAUACCUGUUGUUGUAUCUUUUCUGUUUAUCAUGGCACUAGUACCUUUGCAAUGUAAAACAAGGAAAUCCAAGGUGGAAAGCGCAAAUGAAUUGCAACAGACAAAUCUGUUUGCCAUCUGGAACUUUCAUGGAGGAGAUAUGUACAGGCAAAUUGUUGACGCCACAGAAAAUUUUAGUGACGCUCACUGCAUUGGAAUUGGAAGUAGUGGGUCAGUAUAUAGAGCUCAGUUACCAACAUGCGAGAUAUUUGCAGUAAAGAAGAUUCAUACAAUAGAAGAUGAUGAGCUAUUUAAUCGUGAAAUAGAUGCCUUGAUGCAUAUUCGGCAUCGCAAUAUUGUGAAGUUAUUUGGCUACUGUUCUGCUACUCAAGGAAGAUUUCUUUUGUAUGAAUACAUGGAACGAGGAAGCUUAGCAGCAUCUUUAAGGACCAAGGAAACUGCAAUAGAGUUGGACUGGACAAGGAGGUUAAAUAUUGUUAAGGAUGUGGCCCAUGCUUUGUCUUACAUGCAUCAUGAUUGCUUUGCGCCGAUAGUCCAUAGAGAUAUAACAAGCAACAACAUUUUGCUUGAUCUGGAAUUUAGAGCAUGCAUCUCUGAUUUUGGUAUUGCCAAAAUAUUAGAUGUGGAUGGGUCAAACUGCACAAGGCUUGCCGGGACAAAAGGAUAUCUUGCACCAGAGCUUGCAUACACAACAAGGGUGACGGAGAAGUGCGACGUAUACAGUUUUGGAGUGCUCGUGCUCGAGUUGUUCAUGGGACAUCAUCCGGGUGACUUUCUUUUGUCCCUCUCGUCCAUGGACAAGAGAAGUACAAUACCCAAGGAUUUGCUGGACACCCGGCUCCCAUUCCCUAAAGCUGAGAUUGCAAAUGAAAUAUUCAAAGUGAUUGCCAUCGCUAUUCGGUGCAUAGAACCUGACCCAUCACACCGUUCGACAAUGCAGGAUGCAAUCAAGGUGUUCUCUCCAGAUGAAGGGCCCGGUAAUCUUGAUUACCUGCACACUGACAUCGUCAUCCUUGCUUGUGGUCUUGAAUGUUCUUAGCACAUUGGUGUUCCUUAUGUUGCACCUUUUGAUCAGAUACUAUAAUUAGUCAUUUCGAUCAUAGAUUAUUUUGGCUUUACCCUAAAAGAUUGUACAGUAAGACUAGUAUACUAAGCUGAUCAGUCCUACUCCCUCCGUUCGGAAUUACUUGUCUCGAAUAUGGGUGUAUCUAGAACUAAAAUACGUCUAGAUGCAUCCAUUUCUGCGACAAGUAAUUCCGAACGGAGGGAGUAGUUGGUUGGGUAUUUGCUACUUCUAAAUAUUUGUAUAGCAAUGCAGAGAAACUUUUUGCUACUAGCUACUAGCUAACUGUAAAUAUUUAUAUAGCUGACUCGUGCUAUUUGUUCAAAAGAACAAAUAAAUAUUCCAUUUGCAUCCUCUAUUGGAAGAACUAGGAGCCCAUUCAAGUAUUCAACUGGUUAUUUCCUAUAUCUUCACCGUCAUGGCCUAGGCCUACUUUGUUGCCAGACGGUGAGCUCACUCACGCCCUUGGAAAUGCUCAUUAUGAAAUGGCGUCCUACUGGUCAUUUCUUCUAGUGGAAUUCAGAUCGACUUAAUCUAGUCUGCAAAUUGCUACAGGUAAGCGAUUGGAAUUUGAUUGUUCAGGUAGAUAUUGAUCUGCUACCAGCCUACCAUAAAGAAUGGACUAUUUUUUUUACUGUUAUUACACUUUUAGCAAUUUAACAUGUGCAAGUUUUCAGAUUUACACUAGCUUAUAUCACAUUAGGGCGUCUCCAGUGUAUGUCGGCCAUAAGUCUCAAAAGGUGGACCUUAGAGUACUUUACACAUGAGGAGAUCGACUCUAAGGCAUCUCCAUUCUCCAAUGUGGGCAUAAGGUCGGCCAUAAGGCACCUUAAGUCAACCUUAGGCGACUUUAGACAUUGUGCGCACAAGAAUCAGCAGUGCCUAUAACAACCCCAAAAAUACCUCAUAACUACCACAAAAAAUACACCCCAUCUGGAAACAUAUAUACAAAAUAUGGCUCAAUUGCACAAUAUAUCUAGAAUUUAAACUCAAUGCUUAACAUCCAACAAAAUAUAUAAAACAUGAGAAAUACUACAAAUAACAGUAUUGAGAUACAAAAGUUUACCAAAUUAAUGGUUUGCUUCUUAUGUGUCUCCCAUGACCUGAUCAAGGUAGAAGAAGUAGCAACACCUUCAAGACAUCAAUCAAAAGUGUAUUUUCAUAAGAAAAGACAUAAACAUCAAGUCAAAUCAUUACCACUGAACCAAAUCUGAAAACAUACCACUACA